AUGUGUAGAAGGUUUCUAUGGACAGGAGGUGUGGAGGUCACAAAGAAAGCACUUCUAGUCUGGGACAGAUUGUGUUGGCCAAGAGCAGCAGGUGGAUUGAACUUGUUAGACAUAGGCAUAUGGAAUAAAGCUGCUAUCUGCAAGCUACUAUGGAAUUUAUGCAAGAAGAAAGUGUGGGGAGAUGAGCCAAAACAACCAUCAUGGGUGAUCCAGAAAAUAUUUAAAUCCAAGAAAUACUUUGAAGAAGCUGGUUACUCAGAAGAAGAGGUAUUCAGAAUGGAAAAAUUCCCAACCAAGGCUAUGUACUUGAAGCUGCAAGGAGAGUUUAGCAAGGUUCCAUGGAGAAGGAUGAUGUGCAACAAUAUUGGGCUACCUAAAUGGAUAUUCAUCUUAUUCCCGGCUGCAUAUAGAAGACUACAAACAAGAGACAGAUUGAGGAGAUGGGGCUGUGUGGAAGAUGAUACCUGCCCACUAUGUCACACAGAAGAAGAAACUAUUGAUCACCUAUUCUUUAAAUGUCUAUUUUCAACACAAAUCAGGACAGCAGUGCUGGAAUGGCAGAGGGUUCAUAGGCAUGCGAUGACAUGGGAUCAAGAAUUGAAAUGGGCUGAACAAUACUGUAAAGGUAGAAGUUCUAAUGCUGAAAUUUACAGGAUGUCACUAGCUGGAAGCAUAUAUUAUAUAUUGCAAGAGAGGAAUGCAUGA